AUGGCUCUCAAGAGAAUUAACAAGGAGCUCACUGACCUCGGCCGUGACCCGCCCUCUUCCUGCUCUGCCGGCCCCGUCGGCGAAGACCUGUUCCACUGGCAAGCAACGAUCAUGGGACCCGGUGACUCUCCCUACUCUGGCGGUGUCUUCUUCCUCGCCAUCCACUUCCCCACCGACUACCCCUUCAAGCCUCCCAAGGUCAACUUCACCACUCGCAUCUACCACCCCAACAUCAACUCGAACGGCAGCAUUUGCUUAGAUAUUCUGCGUGACCAGUGGAGCCCGGCGUUGACCAUCUCCAAGGUCCUGCUCUCCAUCUGCUCGAUGCUGACGGACCCCAACCCCGACGACCCUCUUGUGCCCGAAAUUGCACACGUCUACAAGACGGACCGCGCCAGAUACGAGGCCACGGCCCGCGAGUGGACCCGCAAGUACGCCAUUUAG